CAGAAAUGGCCGAAGUUCUGUGGUGUUUGAUGAGAGAUCCACGUGCUAAAACUUUGAGGAGAAAAGCGAAAAGAACACCGUCGAAUCGAUGCAAAUAGCGUAUCAGAAUAUGUAGUCUAAGCAAUAGCGACAGCAACAUGAUAAUUAGACCGUUAUUUGGAACAUUUGUUAUACAGAUUUUGGUGACAAUCGCCGCGUUUGAUGGGAAGACUCAAGCGAUCCCUGAGUUGUACUUCGUGUUCUUACCAUCCAGUGUUACAGCACAGCAAGGUGAUUCUGUGCUUCUUCCCUGCUCUGUUUCUGGAGUACAUCCCAUCAAUUUAACCUGGCGACAAGGAGGAGAAGAGUUAUCCAGCCAAGCAGGAGCAGUAGAGAUCCUACCGAAUGGUUCCUUGUCUCUGAAUCUCAGUGAAGAGAUAGCACCAGGCACAAAGGAAGGGUACCAGUGCUGUGCAUCAAAUGUGUUUGGAAAGCUCUGUAGUCCUGCCGUGUCGAUUGUUGUCAGAGAACCCCUAAGAAAGCCUGUUAUACUCCCCUCUUGUCUGGAUGUGGCUCUAAAUGGCUCGAUUAGACUGGAAUGCCAGUCUAAUGCAUCCAAGCCACACCCAUUCCUGUGGCAAAAAGAUGGAGAAGACUUGAUCCAGGAUGAAAGGUAUACAUUACUUCCCGACGGGGUGCUUCAGAUCACCCCAGUGAUCUGGGAGGAUGGUGGUGAGUACCGCUGCAUCACUGGUAACCCAGCUACUGCACUGACUACCAGUGAGUCGUCAUGGGUGACUGUCAUGGAGGAACUCCGGACAUCAGAUUGUAGCAACGGGACAGUGAGCGAAAGGGAAGGGAGACUCUUACUCCAAGAGCCUGAGGAUGUGACGAUGAUUGCUCCUGUGGAUGUGUUGAUAUUGGAAUGCCUUGGUGCGGGGAACUGGGUAGAAAUCCAGUGGAGCAGGAAUGGGGAGAAAGCUUUGCCACCUGGAAGAAGCCAUUUCACUGGUAACAAGAAUCUGAAGCUGACCAAUCUGACUCCUGAUGACAGCGGUGUGUACACCUGUAACGCCUCAGAUACUAGGACGGGGGAAGUUGAGAGGGCGAAUGCAGUGGUCCAGAUUGAAGACGUCUUUCCCCCUGAGUUCACUGUCCGUCCGACAAGCGACACAGUUCCUUACUUUUCCACCGCACGUCUUUAUUGCAAUGCUGAUGGAAAACCAAAGCCCCAAAUCUCUUGGUAUCUGAAUGGCGAACCCAUCCAAUCCCGACUCAUCGGACAAGAGAUGAGUAGCAGCACCCUUAUCAUUUGGAAUGUGGACAAAGAGCAUGCCGGAAUCUACCAGUGUGUGGUGUCCAACUCUGUAGGGACUAUCCAGACCAGUGCACGUCUCACCGUGAUUCUCCCACUGAAUAUUCCUGAUCCACCCUAUAACCUUACAACCUACACCGUUGACAGCAGUCAAAUCUUGAUCACCUGGCAAGCAGAUGAAGGACUCUCUCUGUUCUCUUUGCAUUACUACAUUGAACCAGAUGGGGAAGAGACGCAAUUGGUGAUGGCAGACGAGCAUUCAAAUACCCACAUCGUAAAAGAUCUGCUUCCUUACACCAACUACACGUUCUACAUGCGUGCAUACACUACAGUAGCCAGUGGUAUCUCUGAAAGAGUGCUGGGCCAAACUGCUGAAGGAGUUCCUGUAAUAGCUCCAAUGUUUUCCUUGACCAGUAGCCGUGGAAACACAAUCUUUGUCAAGUGGGAGCCCAUUACCAUUGUAGCCCUCAUUAGAGGGUGCAUCAGCAAGUAUCGUGUCUGUUAUCAGGAGAGUGGGCUACCCAGGCAAUACACCUGUCGAGAGGUGGAUGGCUCAGAGAGUAGUUACACUUUACGAGGAUUAAAACCAGCAACAGUUUAUGAUGUGCAUAUGGCAGUAGCGACCAGCGAGGGAUUUGGUCCUGAGUCUGAAGUGCAGUCUAUUAGAACCAUUGACAAUGAAAAUUGCUCAGUUCCAGUCAUGUAUUCCUUGUCUGCCUCCGUUACCCCAAACGAUGUGAGUAUUGAGGCGUCUUGGUCACCGCGGAAUGAGGGUAAUGAAGUUGCUGUGCUGGGUUUCCAGCUUAGCUUCUCUGGGGCCAAUCACGAUGAAACCUACAGUCUCCCUGCAGACUGCCAUAGCUUUGUCUUCUCUGACUUACUGACAGGUGAGAGGUACACUGUAGAGUUGCUAGCUUACAACGACUGCGGUACUGGGCCAGCCUCCACGGAGACUUUUACCUUGCCAUCUGUCACUGGAAUGAUGUAUCCUCCCCCAGAAAAUGUAAGAGCUACUGCCUUGUCCUCAACAAGUAUCCAGCUAAACUGGGAUCCUGUGUUAAGCAUCUCCCCAGCUUACUACCAGAUCCUUUACUUUCAGAACUCCAACAGGAACGGGACAACUAAGUAUCUCUACAGGACCAACACAUACGUUGUAUUGAAGGACUUGAAACCAUACACCAUCUAUGCAUUGCAAGUGCGUGUCCAGCGAACAGGCGUGAUUGGUCAGUUCAGUGACUUGAUCUACUGCAGAACUAAAGAAGAUGUUCCUUCCGAACCUAUUGGUUUCACUGCUGAGCCAUUGGAUCCCCAUACAGUCAGUGUAGCAUGGCAUCCUCCGUUGAACCCUAAUGGGGUGAUACAAGGUUACAACAUCAUGUAUGUACCAGAGACUCAGCGUACAGAGAAACAAGAGGAACCUCACUGGAACAGAACUCGAAAGAAAGGUACAGCAACCUCUUCCACUGUAUCAAACCUCACCAGUGACACCAGGUAUUACUUCUUCCUCCGUGCCUGUACAUCUGUAGGUGAAGGCAAACCGUCUGCUGUGUUACAGGUCAAGACACCUGUUAAAUUUCUGGAUGUCAAAACAGAUUCCAGCAAUAAUUCAGGUCUACCCAGUGACACAGAGAAAGGAUUGGUCAUUGGUAUCCUCCUGGGUACUUUUUGCAUUGUUCUCUGCACUGUCCUGGCUGGUAUCCGAUACAGGAGAUACGACAGUGCUCAUAAGAAGAAGAUGGCUGCUAGACUGGCUGGUGUUAGUGGCCGCAGUGGUCACCGAAUUGCCCUCCCACGUGUUGCCCAAGGCAGUGGUGUUGAGAUGGCCCUGACUCCUCUUAGUCCCAUGCUGACCGCUGAGGUGCCUACCAGCCAACCUAAUGGCCAGGUCCAUUGUGAUUCUCCUCUGCUUGGUGUUGGUCACCAAGCUGGCUCAGCCAAUCCCGUUGAGUUCCCUUCCAGGGAAGAUGGGAAUGGCCAUGAGGAUCCUGAAUUGCCCCAAAUGAGUGAACAAGCACCACUUCAGCAGCAGUACAGACACACUCUGCCCAGCACGUCCAGCGGACGAGUGGCAGGUUCCAGGAUGAAUCAGGAGACCUCACUGGCAGGAUCGGAAGAUGGCACUGAAUCAUCGAACCAUUGGACACCGCUCAGGGAGAGUACCAGUGGAGACAGCGGCUUGAUUGGAGAUAUAGAGUUCUCAACAGAGACAAGUCCCGAUUUCAUUGAGAAGGUCCUGCGAGAUCACCACAUUGGUAUUCACCCAGUGUGAGAUGCUGGGAGAAGGAUUUGUGGAAAGCCUAGUCAGAACUGGACGUCAGCUUUAGUACAAAUAUGCUCAGUGGAUUGUCACCUCAGGGCACUCUCAAGAUACCUCUAUAUUAAAAACUUCAGAAACUAUUAAGUUCUCAUUAUGAUUGGGAAUCCAAGGAGAUUAUGUCAUCGUUCAUUCAUUCAUGAUAGACUACGACAGAUUGAAGAUGACAUCAUCUCUCAGUGGUUUACCAUAAAAUUAGAGUUCACUGUAUGCACUCGAAAUGGCUGUGGCCCAAACACUGACUCAUUAUGGUUUGAGAGUUUACCUACUAAUGCAUUUAUCAUAUAUAAUUCUUGAAGUUGUUCGCUGUUGUUUUCUAGUUGGAAGUUACUGGUAUCUAGUAGGGACCCUUUUUCUUUGGUAUGAGCGGGAUUUUGAUAUGCAGUGGAUGGCAUUGCUUGACCCAACUGGAAAUACUGUGUAGAAUCUAUUGAAUGCAACCACCUUCAACUCAGGGAAACAGAUAUUUUGGAGGUGGGAUUGUGGAGAGUUAGAUGAAGUAUGUAUGAUGUUUGCCUUACUGUUGAUCCAUCUUAAAGGUUGCUUAUGAGUGGAGCUGAAGAUCACCUCAAUCUUCAGUGACCACUUCAGUCUGUCAGACAGUGUCAUUCCAAGAUGUCGUAAGCAGCUUGGGAGGUGAUGUGUCAGAGAGAUUGUCAACCAGACCAUACAGGCCAGCUUCAUUCCAAAAUAACCCAGGAUGGUCACGGCAAGUACUUGGAGAGUCACUGCUAAAUGACCCACGACCAUUACCUCAUGGUCAAGGUAACACUACUGAGUAAAGUUGGCUCCAACAGGUGCACAGGUCACAAUGUGCACCCAAUGUUUAUUUUACUGGAGAGUUCCCUAUGAUAUGUGGCAAAUUCUAUCAAAGCCAGUCGUGCGUCGCAAUGGAGGAAAACCUUUCAAGUGAGUUUGAGUACUAGAAAGAUGACUUAUGGCAUGCACCUGUCCUUUAGUAUUCUGGCUCAACUGGAAGUAUGAACACAAGCACUAGAGACUUGUGACUGAUCGUGAUCGGACAGAGUGACGCCUGAUUAUGUGGACCCCCAUCCCCUCUUAGACGGGUCAAGCAUUGUCCUCAUGUCAGGGACUGUGUAAAUGUAUCUACAUUAUAUUAUUCAGUUACACUCAUAUGAUGUAUAUGUGUAGCUUGUUGAAUGCUUCAACCUCACGGUAUUCUCUUGAAUUAGGGAAACUUGCAUCCCUGUUGAUCUGUCCAGGGUUCGAAAACAAAAAGCAGACCCACUAUUUUUCCUGGGCAAAUCACCAACACCUCAAACCUUUUUACAUACUGAAAUUUUACAUACCUCAGUGACGUACGUACAUGAACCAAUAAUAUGCAGUCACAUAGGAUAGCAAGUAAUGUGUAUUUGUUGGAAAAUGUGCUCAAUGUCGUGUUGGCUGAGGGCUGGGAGUAUAACGUCUAAAAAGGAAAAGGCUUUAAAUGUCAAGAGAUACUUGCACCAUUGUUUCCCACCAGUUUUUGAGGUAUGUUAUGAUGGUGAAAUCUGUUAUUGGAAUGUUCAGGAAAGUAAGGAAAUCGAUUAAUUUUCCAGUUUUGGGUCAUAUGACACACUUUCAAGCAUAGUGUGCGUCCUGGGACAGUGGCCCCUAGAAAGAGGAAAAAAAUAAAACUUUUCCAUUUUUCAGCAUGUUACUUUAGUCAUUAGAGGUCAUUCCAUCCACAGAUCUGCUUUCAGUGGAAAAAGUAGCAUAUUUGCUCAAAUCAGAAAAAGGAUUUGCUCUUCAGAAAGUUGUUGGUUAGGUCUUCUCUUUGUAGCACAGU